UCUGUCUGUCUGUCUGUCUGUCUGGAAAGAAAACGGGCAGAAGGGUUUCGCGCCGGGGAUCGGCUUUUGUCUUCUGCGGUGAUGCCUAUAUACACAUAUGGAUAUUUCACUGGUUGCAUUCAGCCUGGCGUUCAGUUUCUCGACAUGCGCUUUUUUGCGUUUACUGGUUUCAGGCCUUUGCGACGGUAGAAAAUAGGAAAGAUUAUUCCGGGUCGAUCGAAACAGCAAAUGAUAACAGUCGCAGCCGUGUUCGACUUGCAUUAUAAGUUGGGCGUGGAGAUUUUUUCCCUUCCCAGAACCCGCGCGUAUUCGGCUUGGAGGCGUGCUGGCUAGCUAUUCCGUCUGGAGUCUCUUCGAAGCAGCAAUGAUAUCCUUCGGGCAACAGACAGACAGACAGGUUGCCGAGGCCCACAACACGAGGCGGGAAACAUGUGAUGUGUCUCGUAUGCGUGUAAUGGUUGGUCCGACCCCGGGGAGAAAGCCUCAUCUCCACCAAGGCAUGAAUCGAUGAAAAGGCAAAAGGCCUCGAUUAGGUCUCCUACACAUGCAUACACGCAGAGUUUCCCGCAGCGCAUGGACGGACCCUGACUGACAUCUGAAGUCAGUCACUGCCAUCACAACAAACCUUGGCGACAACAUCCAUCUAUCUAUCCACGUCCCCCCCCUCCCCCAGUCCCGGAGCGCGCCUCCGGUCCGUCAUCAUGUAUGUACCCGGGGUACAUACACAAGACAACCCCGUCCCGGCCCGGUUUAUUUAAGCUCUUGGCCGAAACAAUUGCUCCCCCUCCCCAUCACAAUGGCCUGGCCCCGCCCGCGGGGGCCUUUUACCUUUCUGCCCGCUGCCCCGGGCGUGCAAACCCGAGCGGGCGGAAGGAGAGACGGGAUCCGUUGUCUCGGGGAAGGAGACGGGAGGUCGGGGAAAGGGAUUUAUAAAAAGGGGUGGAGAACGAGGGCGGGCGCACCACGUAAUUAAGCCAAAAAGUAUGUACUGUCAGGUACCCGAGGGCAUCCCUGGGCCGAAGAAGCGGGUCCCUUUAGGGGUGGGGAGGUUGGGUUACUGGGUUGGUCUUUUUGUGUUGUUUAAUUAAUCUGAGGGAAAGGCGCAACAAACCUACAAUAUCCCGUAUGCUUUUUUGCGCCGUGGGCUCGGGAUGCAUGUGGGGACCCCUUUCAAUAUAUUGCUUCCCGCGUGCGUGCGGCUUCCGAGAUGCAUCGGGACGCGUCACUUCGCUUCCGGCGAGGGCCUGGCCUGGGCCUGAGUUGAACUGAGCUGUGGCCCCCGUCGGCGGGCCGUUGAAUAAAUGAGUGAGUAGGUGGGUGGGCCAGGCCAUGAUCCGUCCUCCGUCUGCUCGGGCAGGCGGGGCCCAAAGUACUCGAUGUAUACGGUACAAGAUGCAAUACAUACGUGUGUAUGUGUGGUCGGCUCCCUGUCUGGCCGCCACAGGCUGUUUCCUUAUCUGAUUCACACGUGCGCCUCAUCAGGGUCCCACUGUCUCGUGUGUUCGCCCGGUCUGGACCACGCCCGGAUCCCAUUCCCGACGGGGGAGGGAGGGUGGCCCUCUCGGCUGGGCCCUCGGGAUAAGAGUAAUGCUGCUCAUGCACUGUCCUCGUUGACUCCUCUCUGGCUCUGGCCCAGACGGUGGUGGAAAGUUCCACUGGCUCGGCACCAGGUGGAGGGCUCUGGGCAUCAGCAGAGGCUGCGGUCCACGUGGAUGGAAGAGGCAGAGGCCAAGGCGACGGGGUGUUCUUGAUGAUGGUGGGCUUGGACGUGCAUGACUCCGGUCUACACCGAGUCCUGUGCCGUCAUGCAAGCCUCCGGGUCCGGAGCCGAGUGCGGCCAUCCGAGGUCCGAAUACACCGGGACAGCAUCUUUCGCCGUUGGCAAAGGUGUGAGGGAGUGGUUGCGCAGUCAAUUGUCCCCUUGUGAUGUGGACGACAUCCAAGAAGAAUCGGAUCGCAAGAGACCCAGCCUGGCAGUGGGCGCCUGUGCAAGGACGGGACGGUGACAUUCCAGAGCCCGCAGUGGGAGAAUUACAUAAGCCGGUGCCAACCUAAGGCUCCUGCACUCCUUGGGGCUGCAUCGACCAACAACACGUCGUGUAAAUACACAGCACAAGCAGACAUCUUGUAACUGAUCCUCAAUCGCCGGCCCAUCAGCAAUCAUGGCGAAACCCAAGGCCAUCUCACACCCACGCAGGAUACUGGCCGUGUCCUUGGAAGGCUCAACCGAGCAUCUCACCCGCGUAAUCAAAGACCUCACGGGCGCCAGCCCAGAGCCCGCCUCGGCGGCAACAUCACUCGCGGGCACCACCCACGACCUCACCCUCAAGACGGCCUACUACACCGCCACCGUGCCCAUAUGGCUGGACCUCAUCACCACCGCUCCCGAGUGGGCAGACUCCUUCCUGUCCCCCGAGGCAAGGGAGGUCCUCGAGGUCCUCGGCGGCGUGGUCGUCGUCUUCCCCGUGUCGUCGUCCUCCCCGCAGCAGCACAGGGACCUGAUCAGGGAGGUCGGGAGGGUCGUCAGGGAGGGCCUCGGCGGGUGGGAGUGGGACGGCGUCGGGCUCGGCGUCGGCGUCGGCGAGGUGCCGCACCUCGACGACCUGGACAUGUGGGAUGAGGCCUGUGGGGACGCCGGGCUCGAGUUUGUCCACGUUGACUCUUCUGCCACGCCCGAGGGCGCCAAGAACGAGUUUGGCGAGAAAAUGGGCAUCCCCCGUGUCCUCGAGGCUCUCGAGUCAAACGAGUGGGACUCGUUCGCGGCAGACGACGGAGACGACGAGCUGGCGGCACUAGGAGAUGUCACGAAGCAAGGCGCACUUGACGGCGAUGACGACGACGACGACGACGACGGGGCUGACCUAGACCCGGAGAACCUGGACUUCGGUUUCGACAGGGAAGACUUCGAGGGCCUGAAGAAGGCGAUCUGGGAGGCCCGCGCAGAGCGUGAAGGUGAUGACGGGGACAGCCAGGGCAUCGGAAGCAAACCGGGCGGCCCUGACCCAGCCGCAUCAGCCCAGGCCCUGGCCACGGACGAGGCCGGCGGCGAGCUAGGGGAUGAAGACAUCCAGAAGGUCGAGCGCAUGAUGCGGAAGCUCCAGGCCGUCAAGGACAUGAGCGCCGGCCUGCCAGAGGACCAGAAGAAGCGCAUGGCUGCCAAGGCCGUCGGGGAGGUCAUGAGAGACCUGUGAUGCCGAGCUGUUCCCGUUCCUGUUCCCGAACGGGACGACGAGGUGCUUGACAGGCGCCACAGCCGUCUCCAGCCCCGGAGAUCGACGAGCCUGAACCCGGGUGUCUUGCACUUUGCCCGUGACUAUCUCACGCCAUGCCUGCUCCUACUUGCCGGCAUAUCUGGCCCUCUCCACGCCUCCUCUCCUCUCGGCAGCACCUUCCCUCACCAUCGCCACCCAUCACCCCAUCGAGACCUCACUCGGCACGUCAACUAGGCCAAUACCCUCGAGGCCAGGCCAGGGCGCCGAGCGCCAUCUCGUGCCGGGUGGGCGUGGGGGGCAACUGGAACCCGCGGCGCGGCGCGGCGAACCGUCGUCGUCGUGGGCACGGAACAUGCCUUGUCUCCACACGGGGCUACCUACACCACGCAGCGGCAGUUGGGAGAAAAGAAGCAUCUGCACCCCCCCGCCCGGGCCUCACGCCCGCAACGAGGCAACCGUAGCGAGCGACCGGGGCGAGACAACACAGCAUCCCGAGACACGGGUGGGCUGAUCCUGCCGCCUCGGUCUCACGAGCCUCGUCCUGACAUGCCCCUCUGCGCUCGCUCGCUCGCCCGCCAGAGACGUACUACUACGCCCACGUCCCACCCGGCACUGGCCGACGACCUCUCGAGGCGUUGACUCACCCCUUAUCGCUGCUGUUGAUGAUGGCAUGAUCCAACCAUCCAUCCUAUUACCACCCCACAAGGGCAGGGCGGGAAGAAAUCCUCCACGCGCAGCAUCACCAAUCGAUCAGCCCGCGGACUUUGCCAUCUCUACCCCUCGGCUCCGCUAGCCCAGGAGCAAAACCCCGGGGGGGGGGGAUAUCUGCUGCCCACAUCCCUUCCUCUCGCACGAUAGUGACGCUCGGUGCCCGCUUACGUUGCAGCGAGGGGGGAAAAAACUGUGGACCUCCACGGCACGGCUCCACGGAGAGUUCCGUGGAUCUUCCUCCAUCGAUGCUAGCUAGCGACGGGUCACGCACGCCGCGGGGCCGUUCGCCCUCCUCUGGUGACACAGUGCCUGUUUCUAUUGCAAAAGUGGCAGGCUCAGGUAUCAAUUGGUUACGAGACUUGCGCAAGCCUUGGGGGUGGUGAUUGAUAUGUGACGACCCAAAAGGAGUAAAAUAAAUAAGUACAAUUUCCAGGUCCGUUUGGUAUUUGCGUACCGCUUGUACCGGUGGACAAGGGUUUCACCUCACACAUAGCUAGGUAGCUCCCCAACACAUGUCUCGACGGUGACAGACCUCGGGCCACGCAGACGUGGGCAUGACCCCUGAGUGUCAGUCUAGCAUCCAGCCCGUGCCUGAGUUGGUUUUUGUUAGGUUGGCCUUACACAGGGCAGGUGUGUGAAUCAGGAACCAGAACUGCGCAACGCAGCACACUCCACGGCUACAAGGUAGUGAUCGCGACAUGUCAAAAAAGAAAAUUGAAAAAUUGAGAGAAUUGCCAGGGAGUGGGUGCAUCGUCCUCGUCCUCGUCCGAAACCACGCCUCGCCUCGCCUCGCCUCGCCUCGCCUCGUUCCACCCGUGAGACAAGCCCAUCCCCCUUCCCCUAGAAACGACUCCCGCCGAGACGUUGCCUUCUCGAUCGCCUGGUCUAUCACGAGCGGCUUGAGAAGAGGAGCAGCUCCCUUCCAUGGAGGAAUGUGAAAUGGCGGGGGUAACCUCACCGAUUCACACACUCUCUCUCACCGGCUUCCCUCGUACGCCAGGGGAAACAAGGCAAUUAGGACAGCCUAUGUGCAACCCCCAUACGAGCUGAUAUAUCAGAAAAAAAGAACACACACACAUAACAACGUGGGAAAAGUAAUCCACGAGAAUAAGGCAGACGCGCCACAGGACCUAGACCCAUGCGCGUAUCCGCCGAGCCGCGGUCGACAGGCAGACAGGCAGGCAGGCAGGCAGGCAGGCAGACGACCGCGAGGGGUGGCUGUAUGGGGCAGCAGCAGCAGCAGCAACAACGACGACAACACAAAUAGCCCCUCCCCAGGUAGGCCACCGAGUAGCACCGAGGCGCCGCGUGUUGUAUGUUGAAUGCCGCCUCCCGCCCAGGCCAGGGCAGGGCACGGCCGCCACGCCACGAGGGAGAGGACAACACUUGCGCAUCUCCAAGCAAGCAACCAACCUAGUCGGCCACUGCGUGCGUCGCACGACAACGCCGCGCGGUGGGCGUUUUCGGACACACCCAAGGGUGGUGGUGGUGGUGGUGACACGCAACGAAGACCACGCCCACUCCCCCCCCCCCCCGCCCAAACGAGAGGAAAAAAGAGGAACACAUACAUAGCCCGACUUUAUGCCCAUCUGUCCAUCGGCUCAUGUGCAACAGCAGCUCAUGCCAUCAACGACAGCAGCAGCAACAGCAACAACAGCAACAACAACAACACCCCCGUCUCCCCUUCCUUGUUCUCUCAGGAGAUGGGCCGCCACUGAAGUCGCCGCCCCCCUCGUGCGACCAGCCUCUCGGUCCCGGACAGGACAUUCAGGGCAUCCAAGACAUCCCCCCUCGAUCUUCCCCCUCCCCUCCCCCGCCUCCGCCUCCGCCUCUCCCCUCGGUGUCCUGGAGCGGCAACGCCGCUGGGCCGGAUUCGAUUUCACCUGCAUGCAUAGCUGGUGAUGCAGACGGAGGGCAAGGGGGGGGGGUUAGGUAGGUAGGUAGCUAGGUAGCAUGACAAGUGCCGCGUGGUCUGUCUCGUCGACGUCGACGCCCGGCCGCGUUUGGGCGACAGGUAGACAGGGCUGCUGCUGCUGCUGCUCCUGCUGCUGCUGGAGAAGGGGAUGGAGGGGCCGGGGGGGAUGGGAUGGGACGGCGGCGCGAUCUCUAGGAAAGGGGUAGUGCAGGUGGUGACACUAGAUCGAUGAAGGACAAGGGGUGUGCGUGAGCGUGUGUGGGAGUGUGUGUGUGAGAGGGAGGAGAGGAGGCUGAGCCGGCGUGGGUGGCACGUAACACACGCUGACCAGGCGGUGUCACUGACUGAUGUGCCAUGAUAUCCAUGUGUGGAGGUCUGUUGUGCCAAACUCAGGUAUUGUGUCACGAGGGUUUGAUAUAGGACCUUCUUUCUGUGCUCGUGGUGCGUCCGUGUGACAGGGUGCCAUUGGGCGGGACUGGAGGAGAGAACGACAUGUCGUUUGUUUGGGUACGGCCACUCUUCCCCGCCAGCACUCGUAGGAGAACCCACGUUCAGCCAGGGGUUCUGGUGUGUGUGUCAGAACAAAAGAGAACGCAAUUAAGACGA